AUGACUCCUCGCGCGAGCUCCCCGGCGCUGUCGGAGAGCGGUUUCGACAUAUCAAAUGCGCUUUUCGGGGGGGACGAUUUGUUCUCCGCACAGCAGAAGGGCGGCCCAAAUGAACUGGGCGUUGACCUCGAUAUCGGGGGAGUAGAUGGAUCGGACGAUGAAGCUUUCAUUGCUGCGCAGCAGGCUGCCUCCAACAGAAGAGCUUCCAAUCUGAAAGGCAAGACUGUCAAGAAAGGUGGAGGUUUUCAGGCCAUGGGCUUGAAUGCAGCAUUGUUGAAAGCUAUCACGCGGAAAGGCUUCUCGAUACCGACUCCUAUACAGCGGAAAGCCAUUCCCCUUAUUCUCGACGGCCAGGAUGUUGUUGGCAUGGCCCGAACAGGAUCAGGAAAAACCGCAGCGUUCGUCAUCCCCAUGAUCGAAAAGCUUAAGGCACAUAGUGUCAAAAUUGGUGCACGCGCUGUCGUCCUUUCACCCUCUAGAGAGUUGGCCCUACAAACGUUGAAGGUCGUCAAAGAGCUUGGAAAAGGUACGGAUCUGAGGACAGUGCUCCUUGUCGGAGGAGACAGCUUGGAGGAACAGUUCAGCGCAAUGACUACGAACCCUGACAUCAUCAUCGCCACUCCUGGUCGUUUCCUCCAUCUGAAGGUGGAGAUGGGCUUGGAAUUGAGCUCAGUCAAGUAUAUCGUGUUCGACGAAGCCGACCGUUUGUUCGAAAUGGGGUUCGCUACACAACUCGCGGAGAUUCUUCAUGCCAUGCCCACGACAAGGCAAACCCUGCUCAUCUCAGCGACGCUUCCGAAGUCACUCGUGGAAUUCGCCAGAGCCGGUCUCCAAGAGCCGAAGCUAAUACGCUUGGACGCUGACUCAAAAGUAUCCCCUGACCUCGAGAAUGCAUUCUUCUCAGUCAAGAGUGCCGACAGAGACGGUGCCUUGCUACACAUCUUGGAAGAUGUAAUCAAAAUGCCGACGGGAGAAACGGAAGCUGCGAAGCGGGCAAAAGAAGCUGGCGCAAAUCCAAUCAAUAGUAAGAAGCGGAAAAGGGCAGCACCCGAAGGCUCCAACCCGGCCGAUUCACCCACUGCUCAUUCUACCAUUAUUUUUGCAGCGACAAAGCAUCGAGUAGAGUACCUCUCUAGUCUGCUACGGUCUGCUGGCUAUGCUGUCUCCUAUGUCUACGGAAAUCUGGACCAAACUGCUCGGAAACUACAAGUACAGGACUUCAGAGCCGGUCUGACAAAUAUUCUUGUUGUGACGGACGUCGCGGCAAGAGGUAUUGACCUUCCAGCUCUCGCAAACGUUAUCAACUACGACUUCCCGUCACAACCAAAGAUCUUCGUCCAUCGAGUAGGGAGAACGGCCCGUGCUGGCCGCAAAGGCUGGAGCUACAGCCUUAUCCGAGACUCAGAUGUGCCUUACCUAAUUGAUUUGCAGCUUUUCCUUGGCAAGCGACUUGUCGCCGGCAAGUCAUCUGGCAAAGACCCCAACUUUGCCCAGGAUAUAGUUGUGGGAAGUCUCGUGCAAGACCAGUUGGCUAGGUCCACCGAAUUUGUCAACAAACUGCUGGAGGAAGAUGAAGAUCUCGUAUCCUUGCAGACUGUGGCUGGCAAAGGUGAAAGCCAAUACACCAGGACGCGCAAUUCGGCCUCAGCUGAGUCUGUAAAACGGUCAAAAGAGCUACUGUCAAGAGGCGGCUUCACUGAGACUCAUCCGCUCUUCGAAGAUAAAGUGCAGGACGCUGAGCGGGAGAAAGAGAAAAUGUUGGCAAGAAUCAGCUCUUUCAGACCUUCAGAGACUGUCUUCGAGUUAGGGAAGAGGGGCAAUGCGGACGAAAUGGUGGAAGUUGUCCGUAAGAGAAGGGAGCAAAUUGUUAGUCGCAAAAAACGGCAGGCUGAAACUGCGGACGAGAAGCCCUCCCUGCAGGACGAGGCAAACGACAAUGGUUCGGAUAUUGAAGCUGUGCACGAUGAUGCGCACACGGACUCCGGUUCUGAGGAUGUCGAGCUCGAGAUUUCGGUGGCCCAUCCCAGCUCAAGAAGCGCCAAUUCCGAUGAUUGGCAAAAGCAAGACUCGGAAUACUUCAUGUCUUACACUCCGAAGGGCCUGAACCUUGCAGAGGAUCGGGCUUACGGCGUGCAUUCGGGAUCCUACAACACAGCACGAGAACACUCGAAUUUCGUCGAGGCCGCCAGGGGUGCGCAAAUGGAUCUAGCGAAUGACGAGACGCGUGGAUUUGGUGAGCCCAGCAAAGCGCGUGGCAUGCGCUGGGACAAGAAGAGUAAGAAAUAUGUGGCGAGAGCCAAUGACGAGGACGGUUCCAGGGGCGUGAAAAUGGUGCGAGGCGAGAGCGGGCUCAAGAUUGCUGCCAGUUUCCGCAGCGGGCGCUUCGAUGAAUGGCGGAAGGCGCACAAGAUCGGUCGUAUGCCUCGCAUAGGAGAGACAGAAACCCCGGGUAGAGCCAUGCCACAAAACGGCGGACGUCGCUUCAAACACAAGGCAGAGAAAGCACCCAAAGAGGCAGACCGUUAUCGUGACGAUUACCAUGUACGAAAGAAGAGGGUGCAGGAGGCCAAGGAAAAGCGGACUGGCAGAUUCAAGGAUGGAGCUGGCAAGAAUGAGCUCAAGGGCGUCGAUGACGUCCGGAAGCAACGGAAGCUCAAGGAGAAGCGCCGGGAGAAAAAUGCAAGGCCAUCCAAAAAGAGGAAGUUGUGA